GCUUAAGGUGAAACUAUAAAACAGAAUGAUGAUGGACGAUAAUGUGAAGAUAUCCGGAAAGGUGCGGCGAUGUCGAAUUUCACGAAACAAAAAGCGAUACUGGAAAAAGGGUACGCAAAUCCAGGAUGCAGAGGAUUUUCUCUGUAAAGUUCAGGUUGAUGCUGUUAAAGAUGCAGAAAAGCAAAGUGAGGACAACCUGUUUACCGUCGACAGAAAAUUAACAAGACGACAAAUGGCAGCUUUGAUGAAGAGAUUAAAAAAGAAAGAACCUAUGGAGAAAGAGGAGAAUGUGUCUAAACGGCAGCUGAGGAAGAUGCUUCUGGAAAAAUCAAGAAAACAAGUUACAGCCAAAGCUAGCUUUCCAGAAAGUACGGCAAUCAAGCCUCGAAAGCCGUAUGAUCUUUGGGGUGAAGACAACCAACAUUCAGAAAAGGAGGUUUCGGUAGUGGAGAAGUAUCAUCUUUUAACUACUAAAAAAAAAUUGCCGCAGGAACCGAAAACUUUAAAGCAUAUAACUAGUAUAUUACAGCAUGUGGAAGUUGCUCCGGCUGGUGCGUCUUAUAAUCCUCCAGUGUCUAAAUAUUUGGACUAUGUUACUGAGGUAGCCGAAGAAGAAAAGAGAAAAAUUAAAGAAAGUGAAAAGCUAGAACGUGAGCUCGCACUACUUAAACAAAAAUAUGCUACUCAGGAAGAAAUCGAACUGGAAUUAAAGGCAGGUCUUGAUGGUAGUGAUGAUAGCAAUAACGAAAUUCCGGAAGAUGUGAAUGAAAUAGAACAGAACAACAGUGGUGAAAAAAAGCCAAGCAUUAAACGAAAGACGAGGAAAACUCGACAUUUGGAACAUAUGGAACGAAAACGAAAAGAAAUUGAAAAUAUGUCUGCAUUUCAAAAAGAACAGAUGCAUUUUCUUUACUCAGCCCGGAAAUUGAAUAAAAAAAUCAGUAAAGAAAUACAAGAACGGGAAGAAUUUGCGAAAAAACGGAAAGAGCGCAAAUUGAUCAAAAGAUUUGCGGGUAUACAGCGUUUGGGUCGUGGAAAGUUUGAACCCUGCGAGAAACCCGUUUUGUUAACUGAAGAGUUGCCAGGCUCUUUACGAGAACUAAAGCCGCAGGGCAGUAUUUUGACAGAACGCUUGAAGAGUUUGCAGAAAAGAAAUAUGCUGUCGAUACCGGGAGAAAAGCGACAUAGAAGAAAAUUGAAAAACAGGUUACGAAUUAAAGAAAGAGAAGAUAGGAAACAUCAAGAAGUGAAACUUGGUACACGUUUGAUAUGA